AUCGGUACUUGGCGGAAAGUCAAGAUUAGUGUUGUCCUUUUCUCCUGGAUCGUCCUCAAUUUUGCCAUCGAUUAUUCAAGUAGAGUAGUACGAAAAUCUAAAACAUUGUCAAUAGAACUGUUAUUGCAUUUCUGCUUCUGUUGGCCUAUCACUGUCAGUGUAGCGUUUCACUGUUAUUUCUCAGGCUAUGGCGACCAAUCCCGCCCUUCAAAAAGCAAUCGAUCUUGUGACAAAAGCGACCGAGGAAGACAAAAACAAAAAUUACGAAGAAGCUCUUCGACUAUAUGAACAUUCAGUUGAAUAUUUUCUUCAUGCCAUCAAGUAUGGAACUCAAAGCGAACGAGCAAGAGAGACGAUUAGAGAAAAGUGCAAACACUACCUUGAAAGAGCAGAAAAGCUGAAAGAAUACCUGAAAAAAGGAAAAGACACAAGCAAGAAACCAGUCAAAGAUGGAGCUGCUCCAACAAAGAAAAGUAAUGAAAAAGACAGCGAGUCAGAUGAAGACGGAGAUGAUCCAGAAAAGAAGAAAAUGCAAACUAAACUUGAAGGAGCCAUUGUUAUGGAAAAACCUAAUGUAAGCUGGUCAGAUGUUGCGGGUCUAGAGGGAGCUAAAGAAGCAUUAAAGGAAGCUGUAAUUCUUCCCAUAAAAUUCCCCCAACUCUUUACUGGCAAGAGAACACCAUGGAAAGGAAUCCUACUUUUUGGGCCACCUGGUACUGGAAAAUCAUACCUAGCCAAAGCUGUUGCCACUGAGGCCAACAAUUCGACCUUCUUUUCGGUUUCUUCUUCUGACUUGGUUUCGAAAUGGCUGGGUGAAUCAGAAAAACUUGUGCGUAACUUGUUUGAGUUAGCUCGCCAACACAAACCGUCAAUCGUUUUCAUUGAUGAAAUCGAUUCGCUUUGCUCGACACGCUCGGAGAAUGAAUCAGAAUCGGCAAGGAGGAUCAAGACCGAGUUCCUCAUCCAAAUGCAAGGCGUUGGUAAAGAUCAGCAAGGAAUCUUAGUUUUGGCCGCCACCAACAUCCCGUGGGUACUGGAUUCUGCCAUAAGACGACGCUUUGAAAAGCGAAUAUACAUUCCCCUUCCCGAAGAACCAGCUAGAUUGAACAUGUUUAAAUUGGCUUUUGGAGAUACCAAACAUAGUCUGACAGAAGAAGAUCUACGGUUGCUUGCCAAGAAAACUGAGGGAUUCUCUGGUGCCGAUAUCACGAUAUUGGUACGGGACGCUCUAAUGCAACCUGUUCGCAAAGUUCAGUUAGCAACUCAUUUCCGACGUGUAAGAGGACCAUCUACUGCCGAUCCUAAUGUUAUCGUUGACGAUCUACUAACACCAUGUAGUCCUGGAUCUCCUGGUGCCAUUGAAAUGAAUUGGAUGGACGUUCCAGGAGAUAAGCUAUUGGAACCACCUGUCACCAUGAGUGACAUGUUACGAUCUUUGGCUACGUCGAAGCCUACCGUCAACGAUGAGGACCUUGUGAAAUUGCAAAAGUUCACCGAAGAUUUUGGACAGGAAGGAUAAGGUGGCAAGUAGAAUGCUGGAUCAACACUAGCAUGGUGGGCAAUGCGUAAAUAAACCUUUUAUUUUCACAACCCCUUAUCCACUUGUUCACCUAUAUACAAAAAUGUGUUGGCCUACCUUGUUAUACUGAUGUAAAUGUGAUUCUCUUUUCCCCUAUCUUACCGUUUGGAUUUACAGAAGUGGUCGGAUUACGAAAAGAAUUAAGAAGAAGCCUUCAGUCUCUUCAAACAAAAGUUAAUUUACAUGUAAUGGUGUUCUGUUUUUUUUUUGCUUAUCCUCAAAACCAAUAGCUGAUAUGAAGAAAAGACUACCAACACACCCCAAAUUGAAAAGAACGGUCGGUUAUGCAUUGUAAAAUUAAAAUAAAUGCUUCUAAACUUAG